CCUACCGAUGAGCUGCGGUGGUAAAUAAAGUUAUCGCCUUUAGUUCCUUGAGAAAUUAAUUCAUUCAGGCCGCAUAUAAAACCAAGUAACAACAUUAAGAUGACAGACUUUCAAGUGACAAAAAAGAUAAGACCGAAAGUGAGGUGCGUGGAAAUGAGCAUGCAGGAAACGCUACAUUUCAUAUCGGAGGUGAAACUACACAGUUGCUUGUGGGAUCAUACACACGAACACUAUAAGAACAAGCAGGCCCGCGAUAAAGCAUGGGAAUCGCUUUCCAUCAGCAUGGGACACAAUGCGGACGAUCUGUUUGCCAAAUGGAGUUCGCUCCGAUCGUCACUGAGGCAGUACAGAUGCGCUGUUAAGAAGAGAGCAAAAAAUGGAGAUCCCGAUGCACUGCAGGUCGUUAAGUGGCCGUACUAUUCUGCCCUGAGUUUUGCAAAUACGCCCGGUGAAGAUGCCGAACCACCAGCAAUAUCCCUGCCAACAAAACUCGUACCAGAAGAUUCGGAUCAAGCACGGUUGGUAAAAAGGCCAUCAGUUCAACGACCCAACAUACAGCGUUCCAGAACAAAUGGUGAAAGAGACAAACACUUUUCCCCAAAAACUGAAAGAAUCAAUCCACAUCCUCCAGCGCUGGUAAAGAGACUGAAGAUUCUAGAACCAUCCAGUCGUACAAGCUUUAAACCGAUACCAUCUGCUGCACCGAACUCAACUAGCUCGCUGAAUGAGGUUGAACGUUCGCUUCCUAACCAUUCCGGCGCGUCAAGGGAACCGGAAUUCAUUGCUAUAAAAGUGGAAGCAAUUUCAAACCCACCUUCACCGGUUGAGCAAACGUUUUACGAAGACGUACCCGGCUGCAGCAUACGGAACGUGAAAGACGAUGAUGAAGUGUACGGGCAUAGUAUCGCGCUGCAGAUGAAACAAUUUUCCCCGCGCACCAAACGGAAACUUCGGAUCCAAAUCCAGGAACUCAUUGCCGCAACACAGAAGGAAGCGUUUGAAAAAGAUUUCGGUUUCGCGUAUGACAGUUAAAAGAGUUAAGGGUGGCAUAGGUUUAAUGUAAAUAGCAUGUAAAAAUACACAGCACAAGAGAAUCGUGAAUGAGGAAUGAAAACUUUAUGGCACGACGUGACCUAGUGAGGUAUGUGGUACAUUGGAGUCAACAGCCUCGAAGUGCUCGAAUCAAAACCCAACAAAGAUCGUUUGAUCGUGAAGAACAUUUAUUUAUGUUUUAGGCUGUUUUACCUACGUUCCAACAAAUAGAGUAACAACGAACGAUA